GCACUCUGUCCGUCGAUACCAGCGUUCCUCUCUUCCACCAUCCAUCAUGCGCGUACCAAACAGCGUGUAUGCCUCAGCAAAGCGCAUCGCCAGGAUACCGCCCUCACACCGGUCCUACGCUACACCAGCUACCUACAAUGCUCAGCAAAGAGAUCCUCAGCUAGCUGAUUACCCUGACGUUCCCUUCGUUUCUAACCAAACCUUACCCGCCAGAGGAUGGUGGGAUCAGCAGAUGAGGCGGAACUUUGGAGAUCCCGUGCAUGAAAAUGACGAAGUUCUAUCCAUGUGGGGCCCGGACCCUCCCGUCGUGCCCCCUCGGACUGCUCUUUUGCACUUUUCCAUAGCCGCCAUGACGUUUGUUAGUUUCGGUCUGCUGUGCAACUUCGUCCUCUUGCCGGAGCGACCAACCGUCCCUCGGGAAUAUCCGUAUUCCGGUCUCGUCAGGGAACUUGGCGGACUGGAAGAGAAUAAGGCCAGGGACGAAGGAUCUGACGCCGAAGACGAGUGAUUCAAAUCCGCUUGUACUUUUUGAUGUCAAUGCAUAUUCGCCCGGUUGAAAUGUUUUCCGGAAAUACGUAACUCUUGAUCCUUAAGUUUAA